AUGGGUGUAAAGACAGAAGGAAAAAGAUGUGGAAAGGAUGUAAGAGGAGAAAGAUUUUUCACUGUUGAACAUUCAGACAAAUUAAGCUAUGGAACUUCAACAGAUAUGGUGAUAGAACAGUCAAUGAUGAAAGUUAUGAAGACAGAUGGAGGUAUUGCUCAAGGGAGAAGUACAAAAGAGAGUGUCAUAAGUAAAUCGGUUUAUAGUAUGCAUGCAAUGAAUACAGUUUGUGAAAGAUUAGAAGACCUCGCAAAUGUUAGAAUGGAUACGACCGAACAGCAUGUUGAUGCAAGUGAUUCACAAGUAAAAAAAGAUACAAAACAUAUACGGAAACUUCUUGAGUGGUUCUUCACGCAUGAUUAUUUUCCAGAGGUUGACAAAAUUGUAUCUUUUGCAAGUGGUGUCAUUGGUGAUAGUAAAAUUAAUUGUUCGUGA